UUAAAGAAGAAUUAAUCAAAAUGAAGCAUGGAUCAUUGGUAGCAGGCUGAAUACUAACUACUGGAGUCCGUUCCUAAAUAUAAGACGUUUUGGGAGUUUAAACUGAACCCCCAAAAACGUCUUUAAAGUGGAGAAAGUACCUGAAUUCUGGAGGAGGAAUUGAAGGGGAAAGACCUACCGAUAAGUAGGGGUUCGGUAGCAGGCAUUGCCCGUUGAACCGUUGCUUAUAGUAGUUGUUUAGCACGAGAGUUGCCCACGCUGACGCGAUAGCACAGAUAAUCCAACGCCUUACAAGUAAAGAAUGUUGGAGAAAUAUUGGCGCCACCCGAACUGUCAAGGUCGAUCUUCCAAACCUGCAACGUCGGCAAAUUAAUCAACCUUGUUGUCUGUGAUGAUGCGAUGCAAACAUUCCAUCUUCUUUCGGAUCAUCGCAGGCACACAAAUUAACAUCAAGCUAGAUCAAUCUCCAAUGUCCGCACAUUAUUGCUUCUUUCAUCGUCAUAGGGUUGGCAUGUGGUAGACUAGGUACACCAUCAUCUGACGCAGACACAUUUGAUAGGGUCAAUCAAUCAGAGUGCAGUGCACACAGAAACACCCACGUACGUACGGCCGGAGGAUAAUGCAAAAAUCGGCCGGCCGGCCUCUCGGAGACGGGGCAAGACGCUGCCCGCCAAAGCUCCAUCUGGAGGAAGAGGAAUGCCGUCUCGCGCGAGCGCGACGACCUAUUCUUCUUGUCGUCCCCUCGACAAGUUCAGCCACGUACCAACGGACAAUCGCCACCAUGCAGACAGCAAACGGUGCUGCCUUGCCAGUAGAGACGAUCCUCUUUCCCGUUCACUCUCCGCAGCUCCGGCGCACCAAUGGCGCCGCCGUCAUCUUUGCUUCGCGACCUGCUUUCCGCUGAUGGCUUCAAGAGCCGUCGCAAGCAGUCUCCGGCCGACCCACGGACGACGAGCAUGCCACCCAAGAGCCGGCGCCCGACCAAGCCCGCGCGUUCGCAGUCCGACGUCCUCACCCGCAGUCGCCUCAGGGACGGGAACGUCGUCGUCGACCCUCACGACGGCGCCCCCGAGGAGCAUCAGAUGGCGAGGCGGAGGUCGUCAGCGUCGCUGAUGAACGCCAGGAGCUACAGAAACAUCGACACCGCCGGCAGCGGCGCCGCCGCGGGCGCGAGGGGUUGCGCCGCGGUGCCGGCUCUCGACGAGUCCGCGCUCAGCGCGCUGAUCUCGCUGGCCGCGGGCGCCGUGAAGCCGUUCGCCAAGGACGAGGCCUUCCGCGCGUCUCUGCGCAGCGGCUGCACGUCCUGCGUCGGCGAGUCCGACCACCGCGCCGUCCUCGACCUCCGCGUGACCGUGCAGACCGUCGAGAGGGCCGCGGCGUCGGCAGAGGAGGAGGAAGAUCCCCUCGACCCGCGCGACCUGAAGCGCGUCUCCCUCAGGCUGCACGCCCUGGCGACCCUCGACGACGAGGAGGCGCGCGCGGUGACCGCGUCGGGCGCGCCCUACGAGCGUCUCGCCGCGUGCGCGCACCUCUAUAUGUCCGUCGUCUCCAAGCUCCAGAAGAAGGACCACUCCGCCGCCGUGCACGCCCUGGAAGCCUUCUGCCUCGCGCCGCGCGAGGCCCGCACGGUGCUUCUGCCCGCGCUGUGGGACAGGCUCUUGCGCCCGGGGCUCUCGCACCUUCGGGCGUGGCGCGAUCGCGAGUCGGCUGCGGCUGCGGCAAGAUCGGAGCCCGACGCCAGGGUGAAGGAGGUAGAGCGGACGUUCGUGGACGCGCUGGACGGCGGCACGCGCGUGCUCGCGUGCUACUACAGGGACUGGCUGCUGGGCCGCACGGAAGAGUUGGCUAUCCCGUCCGUUCCCGCGCCACCCAGCACUACGGCUGCUGUUGACGGCGCACUGGCAAGGUCCUCCCAAUCGACGACGUACGAUAUCGGCUCGGAUGUCGCGUUUAGCUCCGAGAGUAUGAGCCCCGCCGUGUUUGCGAUCGAGGAGACGCCGCAGCAACCUGAGGAGGUUGUGCAAGGGAAGGCCGCGGAGGCAGAGAGCGUGUUCCACGAGUGCGACGAUGGCGAAGCAAGGAGCUACACCCCCACUCCACUGGAAGAAGAAAAGGCUGCGAUGCCUACUAUGCUGAUCAAUGAGGCAUUUGAGCCACAGAUCGAAAAUGGGCGGAGCAAUGGAGCAGGCGAGUCUACGAGUUACCUGCCGAUCCGUGACAUGUCUGCGAUCGACCUUCUCACACUCGAGUUCUGCGAAGGGCCUCUCAAGAUCAGCUGCACAGACGGCAACCAAUUCCAGUCCUCCAUUUUUGCCACCACCCCGAGCGACUUCCUCUGCCCACUGACCCGCCAGAUCUUCAACCGGCCGGUGACGAUCGAGACAGGCCAGACGUUCGAGCGGCACGCCAUAGUGCAGUGGUUCGACAGAGGCCUCCGGACGUGCCCCGUCACCGGCCAGGAGCUGGAGUCCCUGUCAGUGCCCGACACGAACCGCGUGCUGAAGCGCCUGAUCGACAGCUGGAAGUCGGAGCACUGCCGGAGCCUGCCGCAGGUCGCCGGGAGCAGCAGAGCGCCGGAGGAGAAGCUGAACGUGGCAGUGGUGGACAGGGUGCUCGACUCGGGGCGCAGCGUGUCGGAGCAGAUGGAGAGGGCGAGGCACCUCAUGGCGAUCGGCGGCGUGGACUUCCACCAGCACAGGCUCCGGGAAGGGAGGGAGGAGGAGCAGAAGGCGCGGGCGGCGGAGCACCUGCUGCUGUGCGUCAGGGCGGAGGGCGGCUGCCGGAGCUACGUGGCCGUCGGGGUUGACGGCGGGAGCCUUGCUCGGCUGAUACGGAGCGAGGUGGUCUCGGCGAGGACGACGGCGGUGCGCCUGCUCGUCGAGCUGCUUCGCCUGAGAAGAAGGGAAAUUGUUGAACUGCUAAUGCGCGGAGUAUGCGCCGCGUCGGUCCUGGAGACGAUGGAUGUGCUACUCAAGCAUCUACGUAGCUCGCCGGUCGAAGAACAAGCUCUUGUUGCUGUCCUGCUCUUGCACUUCCAGCGCACGUUGGAGGAGCCCCGCAGAACCAGCGAAUACGGAGAAGAGGCUGCCAAGGCCCUGACGGAGUCUCUGCGACGCUGCCUGACGGACGAGAACGUCGUGGCCAACACCAGGACAGCUCUGCUGAUGCUGGGAGGGCAUUUCUCCUUCUCAGGCGACCUCCUCGCAGAGGAAUGGAUGCUGAAACAGGCCGGCUUCGUCGACGACUCGCCCACCACGUCCGUCGCCUCCGACGCCGCCGUGCAGGAGAAGGAGGUGGCCGAAAACGAGGCGUGGCAGGAGCACGUGACGGCGGUGCUCCUCGGAAGCGGGAGGAGGCCGUUCCUCGCGGCGCUGUCCGGGUGCCUGGGCUCCCGCGACGCCGGCCUGGUGGCCGCGUGCCUGACGACGGCGGGGUGGCUGAGCCGGUCGCUCGCGGCGCCGCCGCUCGAGGACGCGCGCACGGACAUGCAGCUCGCCGCGUUCUCGGCGCUCGUCCCGCCGCUGAAGCGGUGCCUUGCCGGCGGCGCCGCCCACCUGCAGGCCCGGCACCGGGUCCUCGCCACCGUCACGCUGCACAACUUCAGCAAGAUCCCAGACUGCAGGGUCCUACUGAUGCUGCUGGCGGACGGCCUGCGCGGUCACCUCGCCGAGCUGGCGGAGCUGACCCGGACGGCCGGUCAACUGUACGCCGAGCUGCACGAGUGACGUUGAUAAAACCUUUGAGACGUUGACCUCUGACGCCGGAGGCCGGACGCAAGUCGCCGGGGCCUCUCGUGAUCUCGUGGAAGAUUCAGCGGAGAAAUGUAUUGCGCGCUGCUUUUCUUUGACCGUUUCAGAGCUCACAGGGAUCAAGGAUAUGUUCGUCUGCUGUUCUGAACUCGUUUUGACAGUUUCGUCGUCGACGACGACGUGGACGUAAAGGAUAAGGUCUCCAGCUAACGGAGGCGAACAUGCCCAGCUCACAUGGCAAUGUGUGUCGUCGUGUACUACUGUACAGUCUGAGUGUAUGACUUCUUGUCUCUCCAUCGUUCUGCAAAAUAUGUAUGAUAGGGCGCCGGCUGUAAAUACAAGUUGAUGCUUUAGACACAGACAUAAAAUUUUGUACAAGCUUGUGCUCUUUCUAGACCAUACACUU